AUGGCUAUGGCUUCCGAAUCAUCCGAUAAGGUGUUUCACGAUCCGCUGACGAUCAAUCUCCCGAAGCAAACGCGUGCGCUGGUGGCUUUUUUAUCAACACAAUCGUCGGGUCACAGUUCUCCCACUGAAGACCCUUUUCUUUCGUCCCUCUCGACCUUAGAGCUGCUUGGAGUGUUGUCGAGAUGUUUAGCCGAACCGUCGUUGACGAGUGUCGUUGCUCAGUUGUUCAGACCGUUACUCAUUGAUUUAUGUGCGAGGUGGUUGGAGAGAGACUCCGAGGAGGAGGAAGAGAAGAGAUUUGUAGCGAUGUGUUUGUUGAUUGAAAAUCACGAGGAACUAUUCCCCGUUUUAUCUGCGUUCUUACGGCGACCCCAUCUGGAUCGUGGGCCGCUUGCUUUCAUCGAGAGUGACUUACUCUCGAUCCCCGCUUUAAAUACCAGCCGUUUAUGGAGGCUACUGCUCGCUUAUUAUCGCCUUUUACACGCCAAUCGCCUUUUGCCGUCAGAAUUAUCAUGGCCGGCGUCUGCAUUAUCUGCACUUUUCAUUUCACCGACUCCUCAUCCCGAUUCUGCAGUCAGGUAUUUGGCUAUCCGGUGUUAUGCACUGCACACCGGUAUGGGGGAAGUGGAAAGGUCGAAGCUUGAGCGGGAGGUGUUUGGUGAAGAGGUGGAAAAGGGAGAGGGAGAGUUUGGGAUGGCAUAUGACCCAAGUGGGAGUGGGAAGGAGGUGGUCGUCGAUGCCCGUGUCAUGCCAGUUUUGGAGAUGAAGAGAAUACAUGAAGUGAGGAAUGCGAUGAUGAUACAGUCCGACUUUUAUGUGACGGAGGAGAGGAAUAUAUCCCAGCGCAUUUCUGAAUCGGAUCUGAGUCCUUGGGUUGUCAACGUUCAUGGCAUACUCAUGCUCAAAAAUUCACCCAUACCAAGCCCCCCAUCACAAGUCGUCUUCACCCCUUCCGCUGUAUCUACGCUGCGGAACCUCGCCAUGCACGUCUCUCUCCGUUUGCCUACGCUCAUCUCCUCAGCCCCAUCAUCUGGAAAAUCCCUAUUCUUAGCCCAUCUCGUAUCGAUGAUCUAUCCAAAUGCCAAGGAUCAGAUCGUCACCGUCCAUCUGGCCGAUACUUCUCUAGACCCUCGAUCGUUGUUGGGCUCGUACGUCUCAUCGCCCACCCGACUUGGCACAUUCGAGUGGAAAGACGGCGUCGUCGUACGUGCGAUGAAAGAAGGAAAAUGGCUCGUUUUCGAGGACAUAGAUAGAGGGAGUAUGGAAGUGCUUGGAUUGAUCAAGCCACUUGCGGAAUCAAUGGGACCGGGGAAGUGGAUUGGGGGACGUGCGCGCAUUGAGGUGCCGAAUCGGGGAACGGUGUAUGCGGCGGAGGGAUUUGCAGUGUUUGCGACGAGAUCCGUUUUGUUGGUUAGUGGAAGUGGUGAGGGGACGAAGAAGAUGCCAGAUCCAACGUUUUAUGGCGCGAGCAAGUUUUCGGAGGUUGUGGUCGACGUGCCAUCUGUCAAGGAGGUGGGGAUGAUUGUAAGGGAGAGAUUUCCGGGAAUUACCCCAAUCGCUGGAAGAGCGAUCGUGAGGAUGGAGUUGGAGAAGUUUUGCACGCGGAUGCAAGGGUUGGUGCGUUCCCUGGACACCGCAAUGGAGGUGGAUGAUGAAGCCGACGAAGAUGAAGGUGGAGACGAAGAAGGGAUCGCGUUGCCCUCAAUCUUUCCAAAUCUCGCUGUUCGGGAAGACAUGUAUUUGGAAGCACGGGAUGUAUUCUUUGGAGGUGGUGCGUUGACGGGUCCCGCUCGUGCACAUCAAGAGCGCGUGGCGUCAGUUAUCGCUGAACAUCUUGGAUUGGACGAUGAUAGAUGGGCAUGGGUUUUGCAGGGCCGCGCGCCGACAUUUGAAGUCGAGAAGGACGUUAAUGGAGAUACAACAGGCGUCCGCCAACAAUGCCGAUAUCAUCGCCUGCACGUCCGUUCGCGAUGCACAAACCUUGCGUUGUGUCUUCUUUCCCGUAUCGCGACUGCGAUAUCAUUCUGUGAACCUAUUUUAUUAACUGGCGAGACCGGGACUGGAAAAACGAGCGCUAUCACCCAUUUGGCGACACUCCUCCGUCGUCCGCUAGUUUCCCUCAAUUUGUCGCACCAGACCGAGUCUUCCGAUUUAUUGGGCGGGUUUAAGCCCGUCGAUGCCCGUGUUCCUGCUGGGGAGUUGUCUGCGAGGUUCGUGGAGUUGUUCGGGGCUACCUUCAGUAGGAAAAAGAAUGCCAAGUUCGAGGAGAGCGUGAGGAAGGCUGUGCAAGAGGGCAAGUGGAAGAGGGUGGUGGUCUUGUGGAAGGAGGCGAUUAGGUUGGCGAGGGAGAGGAUCAAGGGAAAGGUUGCAGAGGGUGUUGAGAAGGAGUCAGGUGUUGGUGAGAUGGAUGGGCCGAGGAAACGAAGGAAGGUGGACGAUAGGAUUUUGCAGACUUCUCAGGCUGCUUGGGAGCGGUUCGAGAGGGACGUGGACGAAUUCGAUAUCCAGCACGCACAGGGGCAGGGCAAGUUUGCAUUUGAUUUCGUGGAGGGGCCGCUUGUGAGAGCUCUCCGUGCGGGUGAUUGGGUGCUUUUGGACGAAAUUAAUCUAGCAAGUUCGGAGACGUUGGAGUGCGUCACUGCACUAUUGAGUGGGCCGACGGCGUCCAUUACGUUGACCGAAAAAGGGUCAUUGGAAGCCAUUCCUCGACAUCCUGACUUCCGAAUAUUUGCAUGUAUGAAUCCAGCGACGGACGUUGGAAAGAAGGAUUUGCCUCCAAAUAUUCGAGCGCGGUUCACGGAGAUCGACGUCCUUCCACCUGACGCGGAUCGCGAGACACUCCUUCAUAUCGUCCAUCAAUACAUCGGACAUUGUGCUGUGGGGGAUAAGGCUGCCAUUAUGAACGUUGCCGAAUUUUAUGCAGCUGUGAAGAAGCUCGCCGAUGAACGGCAACUCGCAGAUGGAUCUGAUCGUCGACCACAUUUCAGUAUGCGCACAUUGGCGCGGGCAUUGACGUUCGCUGCGGAUGUUGCCCCUUCCUAUGGAUUGCGACGCGCCCUCUGGGAAGGGUGUUUAAUGACGUUUACGAUGGUACUCGACGGGCAAAGUGCGAGUGUAGUGACUGGCCUUGCGCACAAACAUAUCCUUGCUGGAUUACGAAACCCCAAAUCCGUGUUGUCGAUGGAUCCAGCGCCUCCCCCGUCUCGUCCCAUUGACGACCUCGUGAAGUUUGGUCCGUUUUAUUUGGAGAGGGGGCCGCUCCCUGAAGAUCCGAUGGAGGAUUAUAUCAUGACGCCUUCGGUGGAAAAGAAGUUGAUCGAUCUUGCAAGGAUUGUUUUAACGCGACGCUUUCCGGUACUUAUCGAAGGUCCGACGUCGAGCGGGAAGACGAGUGCUGUGCAAUACCUCGCCCGGCGAACUGGGCAUCAUUUCAUCCGGAUCAAUAAUCACGAACAUACUGAUAUCCAGGAAUACAUCGGGUCCUACGUGUCUGACCCUGUCACCGGCAAACUCGUGUUCAAGGAUGGACUCUUGGUUCAUGCUUUGCGUCAUGGUCACUGGAUCGUGCUUGACGAACUCAAUUUGGCACCUACAGAAGUCCUUGAGGCUUUGAAUAGACUCCUAGAUGAUAACAGGGAGUUGAUGAUUUCUGAGACACACGAGGUCGUGCGACCUCAUCCGCAUUUCAUGUUAUUCGCGACGCAGAAUCCGCCGGGGUUGUAUGCUGGGCGAAAAGUCUUAUCUCGAGCAUUCCGCAAUCGAUUUCUCGAAGUUCAUUUCCAGGACGUUCCGCAAGCCGAGCUCGAAGUUAUUCUUUGUCAGCGGUGCCGGAUUGCCCCAUCCUAUGGUCAACGUAUCGUCAGCGUAUUCCGCGAGUUGCAGAAGCGCAGACAAGUAGGGCGGGUUUUCGAGAGCAAGCAAGGGUUUGCGACACUUCGUGAUUUGUUCAGGUGGGCCGGCCGAGAUGCGGUUGGGUAUCAGGAGUUGGCUGAGAACGGGUAUAUGCUAUUGGCGGAACGAGCAAGACACGAGGAAGACAGGAUUGUCGUAAAGGAGGUCAUCGAAUCCGUGAUGAAGGUUCGCAUUGACGAGUCGACUUUGUAUGAUCUUCGCCGGUCCAAGGAGUUCGAGGCUUACACUGGGUGUCCGGUUCCAUCUUCCUCGCAAGUCAUCUGGACCUAUGCCAUGAAGCGCCUCUUUGUGCUUGUCGCGCGUGCUUUACGAUUUAAUGAGCCGGUGCUGCUUGUCGGGGAGACGGGUUCCGGAAAGACCUCUGUUUGCCAACUUUACGCAGAGGUGAUGUCCAAGCAUUUGCAUACUCUCAGCUGUCAUCAGAAUACGGAAACUGCAGACGUGAUUGGUGGGCUACGACCGGCGCGAAGUCGUUUCUCCCUGGACUCCCCCACUUUCCAGGACGCUGUUGCAGUGCUCGGCCGUGCGGACAUCGUAGAGGUGCCAUCAGACGUUCAGAGCUUACUUGCUAGAGUAGAUGAACUGCUCAAGGCAGAUGUUCAAGAUUCACUGCGGGCUUCCUUGCAGGACCUACGAAGUGGUCUCAUCAAGUCUCAAGCCUUGUUCCAGUGGCGUGAUGGUCCUCUCGUACGAGCGAUGCAUCAAGGGGACGUAUUCCUCCUUGACGAGAUAUCCCUGGCGGAUGAUUCGGUGUUGGAGCGGCUCAACAGUGUUUUGGAACCUGAAAGGACUAUCGUGCUCGCAGAACGCGGAGGGACGGACGGCGAAUACCCUGCUAUAUGUGCUGCAGAUUCGUUCAAACUUCUCGCGACGAUGAAUCCUGGAGGAGACUACGGCAAGAAAGAGCUGUCACCCGCCCUACGGAAUCGAUUCACGGAGAUCUGGGUACCGCCUGUAGAUAACCCGCAGGAUCUUGCUAUUAUCGUCGACAACUCCUGGAAGCAUGAAAAGUUGAAGCCGUUCACCGCAUCGCUUCUGGAAUUUUGUCAGUGGCUACGUGCGCGAUUGGACGAUAAAUCUGUCUGUACGCUACGGGAUAUACUAGCUUGGGUUGCGUUCUCUAAUGCCGUCUUGAACACGCGACCGGAGGAUGCCAUACAUGUGAACGAGAUUUUCCAUCAUGCGGCGCAUAUGACAUUCUUAGAUGGUCUGGGCUCGUUGUCACAGGCCGGAACGUAUUCACCGGAGGCUUUGCAAAGCCUCAGAAAUGAAGCUGAUCGUAAAUUGGAUGAGCUCGUGCCCCGCGUGCCGAGUUCGCCCUUUGUGUAUGAUCCUUCGCUGUUUGUGCAACUUGGCCUGUUUGCAGUCCCCAGAGGUCCGGAAGCUGUCGGUAUACAUGGUUUCAAUCUCGACGCGCCUACUACUCGGGAGAACGUCAUGCGCGUUGCGAGGGCGUGUCAACUCGAAAAGCCAAUUCUACUAGAGGGAAGCCCUGGCGUCGGAAAAACAUCUCUUGUCACGGCGCUCGCAAAGCUCAGUGGAUAUCGGUUGUGCCGCAUCAACCUAUCUGAUCAGACAGAUUUGAUCGAUCUGUUCGGUUCUGACCUUCCUGUGGAGAAUGGUGCGCCCGGGGAGUUCGCAUGGAAAGAUGCCGAGUUUCUGAGGGCAAUGCAAGAGGGUCAUUGGGUCCUUCUAGAUGAAAUGAAUUUGGCCCCUCAAACCGUUCUGGAAGGCUUGAAUGCUAUUCUCGAUCAUAGAGGUACCGUCUUCGUUCCUGAACUUGGCCGAACUUUCGUCCGUCAUCCUUCCUUCCGCGUAUUCGCUGCCCAAAACCCACUUCACCAAGGCGGUGGACGGAAAGGAUUGCCGAAGUCUUUUCUCGACCGUUUCACAAAGGUUUACGUUGAAGAACUCACCGCAGAGGACCUGCUCAUCAUUUGUCGGGAACAAUUCCGAGGUUUUGAUGAUCAACUUCUGCAGGGUAUGAUAACCUUUAAUACGCUCCUCAAUCGUGCAGUUGUCCAACAACGCCUGUUCGGUCGCGAAGGAGGCCCGUGGGAGUUUAACCUCCGUGACAUCAUGCGCUGGGGUGAACUCCUCCGCGCGUCCGGCAUCUCCGAUCAUCCUCGGCACUUCCUUCGGACUGUCUACCUUUCCAGGUUCAGGGACCUCGAGGAUCGAAGAAAAGCGCGAGCGAUAUUCAAUGAGAUCUUUUCGAUAGCCACCCCGGAACUGCUGGACACAUAUAUGACCCCUCCAAUUAUAUCCUCCUCACAUGUUCAAAUCGGACAUUUCAGUGCUCCACGAGGCAAUGUUGUUCUGCCAUUCCACCCAACUGACAUUUUGCAGGCGCACUCCACAGCCCUUGAGAUUAUUUGGGCGUGCCUUGCAAGAUCGUGGCUUGUGAUCGUUACUGGACAACGUGACAGCGGUAAGACCAGCCUUAUUCGAACCUUAGCUGAUCUAUCAGGGAAUCAUCUCAAUGAAGUUGGCGUAACAAGCGCUACCGAUACCUCGGAUAUCUUGGGCGGUUUUGAACAAGUUGAUCUGUCUGCUCGAAUGGCAUCUAUUACGACGCAGAUCUUGGAAUUAACAGAGGACAUCAUGCGCUCGGUCCCUGGCGUCAAGCAUCGGUAUCCAGGACAAGCAACUUUACGAAGCGAGAUGUCUUCUCCUCUCAGGACCUGGAUAACCGUGUUGCAAGCAGCUUCCCAGCUUCUGACCGAACUAUCGAUGGUGGAUUCCAACGACCUUGACUUCAAGCCGCGUUGGCAGCAUCUACAUUUAGCUGUUCUCGAGCUUUCACAAUUGGAAGUCUCUGCUGGCCGUUUCGAGUGGGUAGAUGGACCGCUGAUCCAAGCAAUGAAGAAAGGCCACUGGCUGGUUCUGGAUGCAGCUAAUACUUGCAAUCCUUCCGUCCUCGAUCGAUUGAAUUCGUUGUGCGAACCGAAUGGCGUUCUUGUGCUCAGCGAGAGAGGUUUAUCACGCGGCGAAGUUGAAGUCCUGAAACCUCACCCAAAUUUCCGGCUAUUCAUGACUGUCGAUCCUCAAUAUGGAGAAUUGUCGAGAGCUAUGCGCAACCGCGGCCUUGAGGUCUCGCUUGUAACCCCCUUUACCGCGGAGGAUCAAAGUCGGGUCUCAGCCUACUACCGACUUCCCGAUGGCGUGGCAUCGUCACACGUAGAAUUUGAAGGGAGACGAAGAGGUGUUCUCCUUGCUCAGGGUGAUAAAAUCUCCACCGUCAUCGCGUCUGUCAACAUGUCCAACGAUACUGUAUCCUCGACAUUGGCGACACUUGCACCGAUCAUAACUGCGAACGAUAAAUUGCCCUUGUCCGCCAUCGUCCCGUUCGCCAUGAGGGCGUUCCCUCGCUCAGUGCUACCUCUCUUGCGUCACGUUCUCCAUAUGAUGUCCCCCGUUGGCACCAUCUCAUCGAUAUUCGAAGACCGUUUCCUAUCAGAUACUGCCGCCGCGCUAACUCGGGUAUGGACGGAGCCUAUUACAGGUAUCUCUCAACAGUUGUUGGAUGUACUGCCAUUGGAUGAUUUCAUGGUCUGCCCGCCAUGUUCUCGAUGCACGGAUCAUCAGCAAGCUCACAUCCUGAGACUUCAAAUUCUGGAUUUUUUUGCAGCUUUGGUUAUAGACAAAUUUGAAAGAGGCGAGCAGAUUGCGCUUCCCAGCUCUAGACUCCCGAUAGUAGUGACAGAAAGCAUUCAGACUAUUCUUGUCGAGGUUCAGACUGCUAGCAAGAGCUUGUUCGAUAGCUUCAUUUGUGGUACAGGCGGCUUCCAGAUUGGGGACUUCAGUAUUUCCGUGAAGCUUCUCGGGCUCUCGCGGCGGCUACGUCGCGUGCUGACAGAGGAUGUUUUCGAUUACUCCACUGCUCAAGUUCUGGCGAAGUCUAUCUCCACAGCUCUGGAAAACCAUUCUCACAUCUAUGACCGUGUCGCAUCCGCCUCCACGGCUUUUGAUUCAGCUGUGUCGUCGUCGUCUGGCCUCGGAUUAAUAGCUAUUUGGUCACGAUUGCGCAACGACAAGAUGAUAGAACUUGGCCCACUUGCGAUUCGGCAGCUGGAAUACGACUUGCAGGUACGGGGGUACGAAGGGCUGAAGACAUCCCUUCGCGAGCGUUUUCAAACACUUGCACUUGCAACACUUCCAAGCAGUCUCAUUCACGGUUAUGAAGAUACGAAUGUAUCCAACCAGAUAAAGACUUACCUGUUCGAUAGCGUUCAAAACGCAGAAGCAAGUCCUGAGUUGGCUGUCAGCGACCCUGUGUCUCUCCUGGUGGAGUUGCAGGCUAUUUGCGAAAUGCGAGGGCGGGACGCGAGGGUCUCCUCGGUGUCAUUUGCAAGACUCAUACGGGUAGCCCUUGAGAAUUAUAACGACCUUCGGCGAUUUGUGCCAUAUCAACAUGUAAUCUGGACGCUAGAAAAUGCCGUUGAAAUACCUGACAACGUUGCGGCCACGCUGCUUACGCUGUGGUUCGAAUCACUAUGGAAUCAUGGGCCAAUCUUAACGCCAAACAGUAAACAGCAUCAGGACAGGCUGGAGGGCCCGAGUAUUAUUUUCCGUCCCACAUUACUUUUCUUCACCUUACAGAAGUGCCAAACGACAGGAGUGUCGCUUUCGUCCCUCGAACAGCAUGAACUAUCCGUCCAGCAGCACUUACAAUUAAUUGGCCAACAAUGCUACACGCGCCGCUCCCGUUUCCAGCAGCUGACAGCAGUUUUCAACCAAAGUAUGGCCAUGCUGGCUUUGUCGUUUUCGAGUUUCUUCGAUGAUCACAAACUAGAGCUCCUACGUCACAGCGAGGGUGGGUUUAGUCUGGAUGACACAAAAGCUUUACUCUCGACUUUAGACAACGCACCGUUCAAGCCGUUACGGGAGGCCAUACGGCAUCUGGCCCCCAUAUUGACAACCGACGUGGCCGAGGCGCCACUUACAGCGGCUAUCGCACACCUUGGUCGAUGCUGGGUUGCGCAGAGUCGGGUCAUCCUCGAUUUGAUCGUCCCUGACGUUCCAUUGGACCCAGCUGCAAUACUGCGCCAAGAGGCGCAGGCUUUGACUGAUCAGAGCGCCUUGCAUUGCCAUCUGGAGCGCCGAACAGUUGGGAACGAGACAAACUUUGUUAUAUCAUAUCUCGCAGCUCGCGCCCAAGAGUGCACAACUUUACUGCAAACCAAUGUAUCGAGUCUGAACUUUUUCUGGACGGAAGUCAUCCAGUAUCCUAGGAUUGACGAUUUACUUGUGUCAUUGGAGUCCAACAGCGCAUCUUCCUCCAGCCGCGAAGAUGUGGUUCAGGAAUCAAUCUCAAAAUUCGUGCAACGCCUGAUCAGCCUCUACCCUGAAUACAAUGAUAUCGUGGAAAUCAUUCGUCUUGCACUUGCACAGCUCAGACUUGGCCUUCGCCUCGUGCGCCAUGCGUAUAGUGAUGCUGGUACUCACGUUGACAACGAUUCCUAUGUGGCUUCCUUGGUCGCUUUCCCACCUAUUCGCAGUGUAUCAACUCUGUUGCAGGUACCAAUUGCAGCCGGAAACGGCGUAACCACAUCCGAACGCCUCUUGAUCGUUGUGGCAGCAGCAGCCGACUACAGGCGAUCGGGCGGCCUAGUUCCACCAGCCAGGGUCGUUUUUACGACAUAUGAGCAGGCGUUUCAUCUGUGGAACAUCGACCGCGCCCGGGACGAGAAGAGGGAACAGGAUCUUGGGUCAUUGUAUCGCGGAGGCACAUUAUCACACAUCGCCGAUGAGGAAGGAGAAAUGGAAAGGGAGUUUUUGGAGCUGUUCCCAACCUUCGAAGAUGGUCUGGUGGACGCGAGCAGUUCUGUCAGCGGCGCAAAAGGCGUUCCCCAUCACCUCAGUGCGGAGCAUCGUUGCCAAUUACUGGCGCUUCAUCUUCAACUUAUGGAUAUUGAUGAUGCGCUUCCGUAUGACUUCGCGAAAACUCGACAUAAUGUUUUACGGUCCUACCUUGAAACCGAUAUUAUGUCGUCUCCGGAUUCGUUAGACCGGGAUACGUUGCACCUACAAGUCAGCCUCCUCCAGGAACACUGGUCGCUCAUCCGUGACUCCUGUCCUACGAGAAUGAGGACAAGCAAUUUCUACGUGGACCCCAACGUCUCCGAGGCCAGGAAAGCAUUAAAGGUAGUGAGGUCGUUGCGUUUUCGCAUCGUUACCGUUCUCCGAGAGUGGCCAGAUCAAAUGGUCCUCCAGCACCUCCUCACCCGUUGCGACGUCGUUCUGGCUCUCGAUCUUAACAGUCCUGUUGCCAAAUUGCUAUCUGCGCUUGAGAACCUCCUACUGCAGACCGAGGACUGGGAGAUUCUCAGGGACGAUCGACAGGCAAUCACCGAUCUCAUCGUUGAGUGGAGGCGGCUGGAGCUGUCAUCCUGGAAAGGUCUUCUGGAUUCGCAGAGUCAAUUGUUUGUUGACGCAGUAGCGGAAUACUGGUUCCAUCUAUACGAGCUCCUCAUUCGUGGGCCACUGAAUGCUGCUGGGGCGGACUCGGACAAUUCGUCUAAGUACCUCCAACAGAGCUUCGAGAUUCUUAUUGGUCACAUGCUGGAAGACUCUGCGACUCAGUCAAUGGCUCUCAGCUCCGUGAUGCGCAUUGUCCACUUCUCAUGGCGAUUCUUCCAUCUUUAUUCGCCGCAGCUCUUGCAGUCCCUUGGGGAUCAGCGUCUUGAUGCGCUCAUCAAACUCGCUAGUUGGAGAGACGUCAACGUACAAGCCCUGAAGCAGAGCGCGCGCAAGACGCAUCACCAGUUGUACAAGAUCAUCCGCAAAUUCCGUGAUACUCUGCGGCAGCCCGUCGCAGAGAAACUUUCUUCGCUUUUUACUGAGUCUACGGAAAGUACUUGUCAACCUGAACCGCCGACGCGCCGUGGAAUUCAUGGGUACCCAUCUUCCCGUCCGUACCUACCAGGGACCACGAUAUCCGCUCCUUCAUCGUCGGCACAUCUUGGAAACCUUGGAAAAACACUCGAGAAGUUCCAUUCGUACAUCGACGGACGCAUUCGCCAAUUCUUGGUCCAGCAAACAGCCCAUGAUAUCGAACAGUUAUCCAUCAGCAUCAUACAGAGAGUCAAAGAUCUCGCCAGUCAGACCGUUCCCGAAGGCUUGAGCAAAGAAAAACGCGAGAAAUACAGGAAGGGUUUAUUGACACGCAAGAGAAAGGCGUGGAGCGACUUGCUGAAGGAGCUCAAACGUGGUGGUUUGGCUUAUCACAUCAAACCAGAGACUGCCAGCCAGCUAGGAGACGAGUCAUGGAUCCGAGGUCAACCACCAAUGCCCUCCAGCAACACAAUCGCUACGGAGAAGGGUGAAAUCUACUUCGAUCGUUUGCGUGGAUGUCUUCCUGUCCUGCGACAGGCACUUCUCAAUCACCAUACCGAUGUAAACACUCGGGACCUGAGUCGUGGGGUAUCCCUAACUGAAUCAGGGUAUUCUUUGGCUCUAGAAACCAGGUCAACACUUGCCCAUACGUUGUCAAACUUCACUACAUUCCAGCACCAGAUAAGUCGUUUACAGGCUAUCGCUGAUGCUCCGACCCUUGCGCGCAUCGAAUCCUUCAAUAAGGUUGAGUCACUUCGAAUUGCCCUUAGCAUUUCCACUCGCGCACUGGAAGAACUUGCUGACGCCAUUCGCGUGUUCGGUCAAGCACAAGAUGCUGAUGUUGCAACUUUGCUUCACGAUUGUCAGGCCCUUUGCUUAUCAUCUUGCACGUCAAGAGAUCGCAUGGCCCAUAUUUUGGAGCAUAGUCGAUACGCCAUGGGAGAGAUGUUGCUAGGAGAGGAGUAUGCCACCGUCGUCGAGGCAUCUCACUUGCUUGAGGCCCUCCCCACUCGUCUCAACGAGAUGAUGAACUCUUUCCCUCACCUUGCGCAUGUUCUGGUGCCCACCGCUCAGUGGAUCCGUGACCAAGGGAUAUUCUCUUUCCCCGUAAUAAGCGCUCCUCACUUCGAUCCUACCUCAGAUGUAGACACGGUCAUCAACACCGUACUCGUUGCAGUUCAAAAUAUGCUCAAAAGGCUCUCGGAAUUAUCUGAUCCAACAGCUACCGUUUCGAGUCCGGACGAGCCCGUAGAUAACUAUAUCCGUGGUGGGCCUCGUGCAACCUCCCUCUUUACCUCGCUUCUGGACCUCUCUAGUAUCACCCAGCGGAUAUCCGAUAUCUCUGCGGGCUUCCUCUCGCUACCACAUGAGUCCCUUCAAGCCGCAUUGAGACGGACACUCCCAUUCUUACACUACUUCGUUGACUUUUCAGGCGAACUUCUUGAGAGCCAGGCGAGAUGGACUGCAGAACUUUUCAAACUCGACUACGUCGUAUGUUCAGUGGUGCACACUUUGGCCACGCGCGGAUUUUGCAUUCCACCUGAAACCGAGGAAGGAGAUGAGACCGCCGGGAGCGAGGAAGGGAAGGAGCUGGAAGGUACGGGCAUCGGGGAAGGAGCAGGCAUUGAAAAUGUGAGCAAGGAGAUUGUGGACGAAAGCCAAGUUGAGGGACUGCAAGGGGAGGAAAACGAUAUGGAGAGAGGAGAAGGGAAAGGGAAGGAUGACGAAAAUACGAUUGAGAUGAGCGAAACCUUUGAAGGGGAGAUGGAAGAUGUAGAGGAGGAAGAAGAUGGAGACGGAGAAGAAGAGUCUCCCGAGGAUGAGGAGGGCCCAGACGAACAACUCGGCAAGCUAGACCGUGCGGAUCCUAAUAAGGUAGACGAGAAGCUGUGGGGAGAUGAACCUGGAGAAGAUGAGGAGGACCAGCAGGAGGAUGAGUUGCACCAGGAUCGUUCUGGACAGGCCAGUGAUGAGUCUAACGUCGUCGCGAAACAGAAAGAAGACGCGAACGGCAACAAGCAAAAAGAAGAAGCCACGAAAGAGGAGACAAAACAGGCGGAUGAUGAAGGUGAGGGUGAGGAGGAGGAGGAGGAGGGUGUGCAGGAAGAAGAACGUGGAUCUCCCAGUGCAGCCGGUGCCCCGAUGGACGAACAUAUUCCUGAUGCCAACACAUUGGAGCUUCCCGAUGACAUGAAUCUCGACGAUGACAAAGAGGGCGGUGGUGAUUUUGAUAUGGACGAAGACACGCCAGAGGUCGAAGAAGAAAAACAGAUGGACGAGGACACGGAACAGCCAGACACUAACCCAACUCAUGACACACCUACAGGUGAUGAUGAGACGCAUUCGAGUGCCGAACCGCCUCAUGCAACUGAGGAACUAGUAAACGAAAUGGAUACCGAUGAGGGUGAUGAAAAGCAAGAAGAAAACGCAAUCGCCGAGCCUGAUUUAAUACAUGGUGACGGAGAUGCAGGGAUGACGGAUUGUCUUGCCCAAUUGCAAGACAGCACUACGAACCCUCGAAAGGAGACCGCGUCCUCGCAGUCGCAAGAAGAUAUCGCUGGUCAGCAAGCCGCAGCUGAAACUACGCAGAGGUCUUCCGAUGCACACGCCUCGCAAUCAGAGCCCCAGCCCUCAAUCACUCCCGAAGCAGGUUCCGGAUCCGGCGAUAAUCAACCGGGCCCUGCCUACGCACAGCGCGCACCUACUUCUCCACCAGGGCCCGACCCCCUCCGCAAACUCGGGGAUGCCCUUAGAGAAAUACAGCAACGCUUUGAUGAGAUCUUCAGUGCUCACGAUGCCGAACAAGCACUCGGGCGUUCAUCUGAGGAACAAGUUGCAAAGCUGAAGGAGCUCACGCUUGUUGAGAGAAGUCCAGAGGAACUUGAAGUUGUUGAUAUAGACGCUCCUGCGCCAGAGGUGGUUGAAGCCCGGGAGGUAGCAAUGGAGCAUUUGCAUGCCGAAAGGACAGCACAUCGGAGGGACGCAGACCUGGAAGGUGCCUUUGCUCAUACAGAGCGUGACAAAGCCAUUCAAGGUGCCAGUGCUCAACUUCCGGUCGACCCCACCAGAACGAGGGAAAACGAAUCUGAAUCUGAACCUCCGUCCGUAACCAACGAGGUCGUUCGUGCUGCCCUUGAACCUCUUACGUCAAGCUCCGACGCUGUCGAUCUCUCUGCAUAUAUGCAACUGUGGACGCUCUAUACGAGUCUGACUAUGCCGCUUUCUAUCGCGCUGUGCGAGUCGCUCAGGUUGAUCUUAGCCCCAACACUUGCAACAAGGCUGCGAGGCGACUUUCGUACAGGCAAGCGAUUGAACAUGCGCCGGGUGAUCGCAUGGGUUGCAAGCGAAUACACCAAGGACCGCAUCUGGCUGCGCCGCGUGAAACCUAGUGCUAGGGCGUAUCAAGUCUUACUUGCUGUGGACGAUUCUGCAUCGAUGCGAGGCAGCGGCGGCGGUGCAGUACACCUAGCGUAUCAAACUGUUGUCCUCGUUGCGCAGGCUCUCGGACGGCUCGAGGCAGGCGAAGUCGGUGUCGCACGAUUUGGUGCAGGUUGGGAACUUGUGCGUGGGUUCGGAGAGGGCGCUCGAGAUUGGGGUUCCUCGCCUGUAUUAGGUGGACGUGUCCUGUCUGCGCUGACGUUUCAACAACAGCGAACAGAUGUUGCAGGAUUCCUGGAGGGAUCGCUUGGAGUGCUUGAGGCUGCGCGUGAGACGGCUGGAAGUCGGGGUGCUACUAAGGACCUGUGGCAACUCGAAAUCAUCAUUUCUGAUGGAAUCUGUCAGGAGCAUGAACGACUACGCCGUGCGCUCCGCCGUGCAAGAAGUAUGCGAGUGCUGGUGGUAUUCAUCGUGCUUGACGCGUUGAACGAAGGAGGCAGCACAUCGGCGGCUGGAGCUGGCAAGCACCUACCUCAGCUUUUCCCUUCGAGUACUAUAGUCGUGUUGAGGGAUGUGGAGGCUUUACCAAGGGUGCUUGCAGAUACUCUCAGGGAAUUCUUUGAGAAGGUCAAUGAAGAGUAA